AGUAACAAUCUCGGCGCGCCAUCAAAGCCGCGGCAGGAAACAACAGAACGCGGAGAGUCUCAGCCUAAAGGGGUUUCCCGGGAGUUCGCGAGCCCACUGAAGUGCAACAACUCAAGAAAGCGAGAUAACGAGGCAAAAGUGAAAUUGGCAGGCGCGUGGUUAUUGCGGAGCUCGUGCUGUUGCAUUCGAUUUCUACCAUGCGAAUAUAAAUCUCACGGAUUAUUGCUCGUACUGAUAUUACAGUUGUUCCAUAACAGGACAAAGAGUUUGACAGCCUGAGCGUUUAUAACGACAUGGGAAGAGCCUCAUCUGUCCAGUAAGAAUGUUUCCGUUGCACAGAGAGAGGGAGCAGCCCAUCUUCAGCACACGAGCUCAUGUGUUUCAAAUCGAUCCCGCCAGCAAACGCAACUGGAUCCCCGCCAGCAAGCAUGCGGUCACCGUCUCGUUCUUCUAUGAUGCAAACAGACACGCCUACCGCAUCAUCAGUGUGGCAGGGACAAAGGCCAUCAUUAACAGCACCAUCACUCAUAACAUGACAUUCACGAAGACGUCUCAGAAGUUCGGUCAGUGGGCAGACAGCAGAGCAAACACUGUGUAUGGCCUCGGAUUCGCCACAGAGCAGCAGCUGCACCAGUUUGCAGAGCGUUUUAAGGAGGCAAAGGAAGCUGCACGGAUGGCCAGAGAGAAGUCGCAGGAUAAGAUGGAGUUGAGCAAUGCAGCUCUAGGUAUCGCAGCUCCUCAGGAUCUGUCUGAUGAGCUACAGUCUCCUCCGGUGAUGUGUGUGAAUGGUCCGGAGGACAAACUCUUCAGGAGUCAGAGCGCUGAUAUCACUUUGUCCUCAGAAAAGGAGCGCAUUAAAAAGAUGCUCUCGGAGGGGUCCAUCUGUGAGAUAAAUCUUGAAGCAGAGUUCUUCACAUUACAGGACAGUAACGCUAAACUUGUGGCUGCACUGCAUGAGGCUAACACUAAUGUUGAACAGUGGAAGAAACAACUGUCGGCAUAUCAAGAGGAGACGGAUAGAUUACGAGACCAGGUGGCAGAACUGGAGGCUCAUGGGGGCCCGGGGCCCAGUGACAUGCUGAAAGAUGAACUCACUCAAUCCCUGGAGGAACUGGAGAACUUACUAAAGGCAAAGGACGAGGAAAUCCAUAUUCUUCAGAGUAAGAAAUCAGACUUCCAUGAGUUGGAACAGGAGAGAGAAGAGGCCAUACACAGACUACAGGAGUUAGAAAUGCAUAACGUUGAACUGGAGCGGCGAGUGCAGAACGCCGAGCAAAACCUCGCCUCUGUGCUGGAAGACCGUGACCGUGCUGAGAACGAGGUGCAAAGGGUCGUUCAGAUUCUCGAUGUCAAGAUCUUUGACCUCAACGACCUCCGACAGAGUCUGGUCAAACUAAUCAGUAAAUAAUCUGAUUGGAGCAGAUCAGUCCUGGAGACGUGAGACUGUGCACGCUCAUCUCGACGGCCGCCGCAGGAGGCACCUCAUCCACUAGAGGGCGUAGUUCAGCUUUUCAAAUAGUGUCUGUAUGUGAGGGGUUUGAUGUGCAAGUUACAGUCACAACCGGUAUUGUAGAAUUUUCCUAGUUUUGUUUUCUUUAGUUUUGUCUCGAAAUUGCACUGAAUGACAGCUUUCGUUGAAAGCCUAGCAAUACAUUUCAGUGGCGAGAUUAUGUUGGUUCAAUGUGGAUGUUGACGUAAUGGUACAUUCUCACGAUUCUCUAGUACGAAUUGUGAGAAGCUUUAUUUUUGAUACACUUUUUGUUUUCGAAAACAAGUUAAAAAACAAAAACCUAAGGCCACUUUACAGUAGUACAUGCAGAAUAAAUCAUAUUUCAGUUACUGAAUUAGAAGUUAUGGAAUGUAACUCUACAGUAUUCCACAAUUGGACAAUAUUAUACAAUUUCAUUCAGUAUUGAACUUCAUAUUAUGCUAACGUUACAAACUAUUUUGUUUUGGUAUAACCACAGUAUUUAGCAAAGACCUUUGUGACUGAAACUAAAAACACACAAACAAAGAUUUUGGUAGAUAUGAGCUAAAUAUACAAAUAAUACAUCCACACUAAUAUGUUUUUGGCUGAUAAUUCUGUUUUCAGUUUCCUAACGUAAUCGUUUUUUCGAUGUAUGUGGCAAUUGAUGGAGGAAAACGUAAACAUAGUGUUUUCAAACUAUGUGUUUUUAAACUAAAACAUACAAAAAAAAAGAUUUGUUGACUCAACCAUAACAUAUGAAAGAAAUCGCUUCUACUCAGAAACAUACAUAUUUACAACAUUUUUAGCUUUACUUAAUUUGCAUUAAUGUGUACAACACAAAGGAUGAUUUAUAAGGGGAACUUAGAGUGAUGCAUAAAAUAAAUGUUUAUUUUGAGUUCCUUGAACUUCUUUUGCAUAAAAAAUCAUAAAAUUAAGAUUUUAAGUUAUACUAACUCAAACAAUCAAGUACUGAAAUUAGGUUGUGGGGAAUACCCAAAAGUCAAGUCAUAUUUAUUUAUAUACAACAGUUAGUUCCGGUCCUCGAAUCUGAUUGGAUGAGAGACAUUCCAUGAGUGCUGAUGGUCUGACACCAUCAUCACUCGGACGCUUCACUGUGUGUAUCACUCCACUUGUGUUCGUGCCAUUCUAAACUAAAGUGUAAGAGCAGUGCAGAUGUGUUAUAAGAUAUAUCUCUUUACAUUUAAUUUGUGACAUUACAUAUUUUAGCGAGCUGGUGGAGGCAAAAGUCAAUUUUUGUGUUUAAUAUGAGCCAGUUGGUGAUGCGAAGUGAGUCAGCAUCACUCAGUGUUUAUAAUCAACAUCUAUUCUAGUUAUGCUGACAAAAUGCACUAUGUGGCCAAAAGUUUGUGGACACCAUAUGUGCUUGAUGAACCUUCAAUUCCUAAACCAUAGGCAUUAAUUUCCCCCUUUGGUGCAAUAACUUCCACUCUUCUGGGAAGGCUUUCCACUAUACUGUAUGUAGUGACAUGGCUGCAGGGAUUUGCUCCCAUUCAGACACAAGGCUAUCACUGAGGUCCAGCACUGAUGUUGUGUGAUGGGGCCUGGCUUUCAGUUGGCGUUCCAAUUUCUUCCACAUCAGACACAGUAAACCAUUUCUUUAUGGACUUUGCUUUUCAUGCUGGAAUAGAAAAGGGCUCUCCCCAAACUAGUGCCAUAAAGUUGGAAGCACCGAAUGCCCUUGAAUGCCAUUUUUUGGAGUAGAAUUAUGAUUUAUCUUCACUGGUAUUAACGGAGUAACCAAACUCUUUAAUUAGAAGGGGGUGUCCACAUAUUUUUGGCCAUAUAGUGUAUAUAUGUCGCAUUUUUUGCAUCAUGAUUAAGUAAAUGCAACCCUUUUUUCAGAGUACUUUUUCAUUUGAAAACGCAUGAAUUUCGCUACAUUUACACCUCUCAUCCACACUACAAGAGUGUUUUUCUUUUCACUGAAAAUAGAGCGAAUCAAAACCGCAUCUCCAUUGCCGCAUACUUUGGAAAACGAUGACAGUAGGAAACUGAAACGGUUAGUGUGGAUGUGGCCUUAAAGGAAUAGUUCACCCAAAGCUAUCCCCUUUAAGAUUGGUUUGGAAAGAGUUGUCAAUGAGCUUGUGCCAUUAUUUUUGAUUAUUUUAAAUAUUUUUUCAAUAUGUACUCUGUAUGUUAAUUAUUCUGUUAUGAAGUGGAUGUGCUGUGCAGUACAACAGUAUCACAGCUGGGAGUGUGUAUACCAAAGACCAGCUUGAAUGUGGUGGCCAAACAUCUCUAUAUGUUUAUACUGUGGAAUGCUUAGGAUAGAAGACAGCAUUCCUAUAAAGCAUUAAAUAGUAGUUGCAUUGGAUGAAAUACAAGUAGGUAGAAAUAAACAAUUGUUGUGUUAUUAUAGUAUGUUAAAAUACUCCUACUCUGUAACUGUAGUUCUCCAUUGAGGAAUAGACUCGGCUGAAUCUAGUCUGUUGCAAUUGUAAUGCUGUUGCUUUUGUGUAAGGCUUCAAACAUAAGCACAUUUACAUACUAACAAAAGUCAGCUCAUUAAAAAAAAUCUGACAAUGCGAGACUUGAAAUCAUCUGAUUAUUCUCUGCGUUUGAAGCCAAAAUGUAAACAGUCAUGCGCAUUACACUUGGAUAAGCUGGAAAGAACGGUAAUGGUGUUUUACCAGACUGAUGUCACAGUGAAUUCGGAAACAGUAGAUUGACUUUUCUUUAGCUAAAAUUGGUCUGUGCUUGCCGAAAUGUGAAACACUGCCCUCAGUGGCCAAAGCGGUAAGUGUUGUUGAGCUCCAUUUUGCACGUGAAAUGUCCACGGAGGGGCGCCAAAAGCGAGUUGUGAAGAGAGAUGUUUUCAGCUGUACAGGAUGCAAUACAGUGAAGAGGAAUGCAUAUUUUAUCAAUUUUACCCCCCAAACCAAACAGCAAACAAACCUAACCAUCAGUGGAGUAAAAUGUAUUGUUAGAGGGGGAAAAUGCCACCUCAGUAUCGCUCUCAUCACUGAUUAUACGAACGCAUUUACUUCUGGUUUCAACACGGGAUCCAAACUAGCGACUCAAAAUUCGCCACUACACCAGAACAACAUGCCGACUUCCCGUGUGAUCAUGUUGGUUUUGCAUGCCAUGCAAAAUCAGGCUAAUGGGCA